AUUGCAAAGCAAGUUCCCCAAACCGCCCAAGAAACACUACUCUUCCCUUUCUCAAUCCUAUUAUAUUAUAUCAUAAGCCCUCUCUCCCACUAGAAGUCCUUCUUCGCGUUAAUCUCUCGCUCAAAGUCCCUACAAAGUUCUCUCUCUCCAAAAAGUCUCUCUUCAAUAGUUUUCUCUCUCUUAAAAACCCUCUUUCAGGGCGAGGCUCUGAAGAUGGGGGGACCUGGAAAGUGGUUCUUGCUGGGGCGUUUGAGGAGCGCAAUCCAAAAGGUGAAGUUUUUGCUAUCACUCGACGUGAAAAAACUGAGAAUUCUAGCAGCUAGGGUUUUGAGCAGGAGGCAGUUGAGCUUAAAGGAACCAGCUGGGCUCAUUGAGUGCACAGAUGUGGAAGGGGGAUUAAGCCCAGGGGCAGGAAUGAGCCCAGGUGCCCCUGAUAUCGAUCAGAAGGCAGAUGAAUACAUAGCCAAUUUCUACAGGAGAAUGCAAUUGGAGAGACAAAUUUCUCUUGAUCUGAGGUACUGUGACAGGCUUGUGAGGGCUUCUUCGAGCUAAAUGCUGAGAUUGGGUUUCAAGUUUUUGAGAGAGUUUUUUGGUUGGGUUGAAGUUUUGUUGAUUUCUUUAGUGGCAGUUGAUCACUAUUCCUUCAAUUUUCAAUGGAUCGAAACAUAGCUUACCUGGUAAGUCUCUCUCUCUCUCUCUCUCAAACGCCAAUUUGAUCUCUCUCCAUCGAUUGAUGAACUUUGAUCGUAAAGAUUUUCAGUCAACUCUCUCUCUGUCAUCCAGCAUAAUCUAGAGCCACUUCCUUUCUCUCUCUAAAAUCAAGUUGUCCAUAAAUCACCCAAUCUCUCUCCCUAGAACUCAUCCUCGUAUUCUAGUGGAUGAAUCUAAGGGUCUCUUUCCCUCUCCUGUAUUACUCUCUAUGAUUGAAUCUUAGAGUCUCUCUCUAAUAAUUUGAGGCCCGAUUAUUUGAUAUUUUGAUGGUUUCAAUGACAAAUAAAGCAGGUAGAUGAUGCGUAGGGACUCUGAAUUAUGUUUCUUUUUUGGUUUGUGUUUGGUUUGGUUUGGAAUGGUGGGGCACGUAAUUUGGCGAUGCUUCCAACUCGUGUUUAUUUUAAUUUAUUUAUUUGAUUGGAAAAUUCCUAUUCUUUAUUGUAUUUAUCUAGCAGUUGGAGUUUUUUGCACAAGGUUUUGUGAAGAUUCGUUUAUGGUCAGGUACCAUUUUUGUGGCAGUGGGCAAGGCCAAGAAAAGAGAAAGAAAUAAAGCAAAUGUAUAUAUUUUAGUGCCAUUUUAAUGGUGUUCUAUGUAAAUUUUUCUCUUUUGUGUUGAAGAGUAUGUAAGAAUCUGUAUGUGUUGUGCAAGUUGGACCAUCAUGAUCUAAAUACUGUUAAAAUAAGAGAAGAGUCGUGCAAGAUUGUA